UUUCCUCUCUCUCUUUUUCCCUCUCUCUGUCUCUCUCUCUCUCUUUUUUUCCUCUCUCUUUCUCUCUCUCCUCUCUUCCACAUAGCAGUCGCUUCGUGGAUGAUGGACAAUAAUUGCUGGUGGAAUAAACCGCUCCACGCUGCUAACAUUCCUCCUUACAGCUGGUGAGUUUUUUUUUUUCAGAUGUCUUUGGGUAGUGUGGUAAGAGUUUUUUUUCACACCGUUAAGUCCACCAGAUACCAAAAAGUCACCAGAAAUCAAAACCUGACGAGGGAACAAUGGAAGACACGGACACUGGACUUUGUCAUCAGAACAUGUGCCAAAAUGGCCAAUACUGUAACCUGGGCAACCAAGAGAAAUGCAUUAGAUGCUUUGAAACCUCAACUGCAGAAAGUAAUGGAGGAAGACUUAGGGUUCCUGAUCAGUGCAGACCACAGAAGGUAGACAUGGACCUCCAAACUCCUCAAUCACAGAUGGCUUAUCCUGUCACCAGAUCAGCAGGGAGUAAAGCCCAGAUGAAAGAUGAGUGGGAGAGGCAAACAUUGUGGCAACGGGGAGAGGCAGAGAGAUCCCCCUAUACACAGCAGACAAAUAGUUGUCGGGGGUUAAUGUCAGUAAAUGAGGAACAAUCAGUGUUAAAAGACCAGGUGAGGACCCAUGUCCCCCAAGAACAGUAUAGAAAGAAAGAAAACGGAGAAAGUGCUAUGGCUGAACAGCAACAUCCUUCUUCACCUAAUGACACCCCCUCUCAAUUUCUGUCUCUGACAUGCAAACCCAUGCAAGACAGUCCAGAUCCUGAAAGACCAAAUGAAACAGAUGAGAUGCUGAAUGCUGACUACACCGGCAACGUCUAUUCCGAACCAGUUAGCUACUCUGUAGGCCAAGCUAUUUGUGCAGCCUGUGAAAACUCAGAAAAUGUAUAUACUGACUUGUAUGAGAUCUAUUCAUUCUCUGACCAAGUUUAUGAAGAAAUCUGUGAUGUUCCAGCUUCCCUUUUUCCGUUUUUUUCAAAUGAAAAACAGUUUCUAAAUCAGAGAAAAACCAGCAUUCAGCAUUUGCAAAGUAAAGAGAGAGAUAGGCAUCACCAUCUAAAGGAGGCUGUUGGCUCAAGAUUGCGUCACUAUACCCAGCGCUCUGAUGGUGAGUUAGACAGUCCAGAAAAGGAUGCAGAGUUUGCCCAGCCCCGAAGCACUGCUAGCUGUGACCUGGAUGAGGACAAUGAACAAACUGUAGCUGAGCUCAACCAAAGUCUAGGCCCUCAAAAUCUUGGAAGCAAAGCAAAAGCUAAAAAACGGCCCCUGAAAGAUCAUUCUGAACCUACAACUCAAAUCACUUCAAACAAAAACUGCGAAGCUGCAAGCCGGGAGGACUCAGUCACACACCAGGUUCUGAAUUGUUCUGAUGAGACUUUAUCAAUGAAGAAUAGUCAGGAGAAGGCAGAUGCUAUCUCUUUGGUUAUUAAGGACAUUAAGGAGGCUAUUGAAGAGGUGAAGACGAGAACUAUAAGAUCCCCAUAUACACCGGAUGAACCAAAGGAACCAGUUUGGGUGAUGAGACAGGAUUUGAGUUCAAAUACAGAGUAUGAUUUCCAGCCAUUUCCUGGGGAUGAUGUAGAAAAGCAUGAGGAAGAACAAGCCAAGCAGAAGGAACAGACUGACCAGGCUGCUCAAAGUGAGUCCCCUGGCUCAGGCUCUUCUUCCCCUCCAGGAGCUGGGUCAUCCAGCAAGCUUCUGUCACAGGAUGAAGGCUUUCGAGGUUCUCUGUCUCAUAAAGAGGUUGAUUCUUCCAGGAAAAGGCUUACUUCCUUCCCCACAUAUGUAGAAGUGCCUGGCCCCUGUGACCCAGAGGACCUAAUUGAUGGGAUCAUCUUUGCAGCUAACUGUCUUGGAUCCACACAGAUGUUAUCAGAGAAGACACCAUCGAAGAACAUUCGCAUGAUCCAAGCACAGGAAGCAGUUAACCGCAUCAAGGCUGAACCUCAGCCCAUCACAGAGGUGGAUCUCUUUAUCUCCACUCAGAGAAUCAAGGUGCUCAAUGCCGACUCCCAGGAAACUAUGAUAGACAAUGCUUUGAGAACCAUCUCCUACAUUGCUGAUAUUGGCAACAUUGUGGUUCUGAUGGCCAGGAGAAGGUUGCCUCACUGUGACUCUCAGGAGAAAGUGGAGGUUUCAGACCCAAGUCAGGACAGUAAGCACCAGCACAAGAUGAUUUGCCAUGUGUUUGAAUCUGAAGAUGCCCAGUUGAUUGCCCAGUCCAUUGGCCAGGCUUUCAGUGUGGCAUACCAGGAAUUCCUAAGGGCAAAUGGAAUCAAUCCUGAGGACCUUAGUCAGACAGAAUACAGUGACCUGAUGAGCACUCAGGACAUGUAUAAUGAGGAUCUUGUUCACUUCUCCAGGUCUGAAAACUGCAAAGAUGUGUGUAUAGAAAAAGCUAAAGGUGAGAUUCUGGGUGUGGUCAUUGUGGAGAGUGGAUGGGGCUCCAUUCUACCCACUGUUAUCAUUGCUAAUAUGAUGCAUGCUGGACCAGCUGAGAGGUCUGGUAGAGUCAACAUAGGGGAUCAGAUCAUGUCAAUCAAUGGAACCAGUCUGGUUGGACUACCCCUGUCAACUUGCCAGAGCAUCAUAAAGGGUCUAAAGAACCAGUCUCGGAUAAAAUUGAAUAUUGUCAGAUGUCCACCAGUAACUACAGUUCUUAUCAGGCGGCCAGAUAUGCGCUACCAGCUGGGAUUCAGUGUACAGAAUGGCAUUAUUUGUAGCCUUAUGCGUGGUGGAAUUGCUGAAAGAGGAGGCGUAAGAGUGGGCCAUCGCAUCAUUGAGAUCAAUAAUCAGAGUGUGGUGGCAACUCCCCAUGAAAAAAUUGUCCAGAUCCUGUCCAACGCUGUGGGAGAGAUUCACAUGAAGACCAUGCCUGCAGCCAUGUAUCGCCUGCUGACUGCUCAGGAGCAGCCCCUCUACAUAUGAUAAACCUUACAAAAUUUAAGCCCAUGUUUGAAGUCAGCUCCUUUCAGCAUUGUUUACUACAUAAAAUGAUAGUUCACAAGUGGAGCUUUUUUUCUUGUCUACUGCAACUUAAAAUCAGAAUUAUUUAACUAUAACUACAAGACUUCUCUUUUGGGUUUAAUAUAUUGGAAAGGAUGAGAGCCCUUUCUUGAAUGCGAGUCUCCAGCUGCACAAAGUAUAAAGUUGUUCUUUUUGUGAUUUGCUGUUGCUGUUUGAAGUUAACCUCAGCUUAAAAAUAGAAACAUUUUAGUAUCUCUUUGCUGUUUAGGCAACUAUAAGAGUUUAUAUGAAAAACAGACCGUUCUCUUAGUGUGUGGAAUAACUAUAUUUAUGAGCCAUGCGUUAUAAGAAACAAAUCUUGCUUUCACUUUGCAUUCUAACCUUGUGUGCUGAUGUAAUUGAAAAAAAAAAAGGUGGGAAAAGAACAUUUUUAUUCAUUCAGCCCAUUUCCUGUAUAUUUGAGCCACUUGCAUUAUGGAGUCAUUCCCAGUGUGAAAGCUUUUAAUCUCUACUGAAAUACCUGUUUUUUUUCUAGCUUAAUUUUUUGGCAUCUGUUAACAGCAAGUGGGAGAACCCCUCAUUCACUGGUUGGCUGCAUGAAGCCACUCUAAUCCUCCUGCAACCUUGAACUUCAGAAAAACUCAAUGAAACAAUGAGUGGGUGUAGAACAGAGCAACCAGCUUCCAUCAUGCAUCUUUGUCAGUAAUAACAAUAAGAACAAUAAAUUUUAUUCAUAAAGCCCGUUAUAUCUCCAGUUGAAAUCUCAAAGGGCUCAUUCACACAUUGAUGAUGAUCAUCAGCCCUGUCCAGGCUGACAAAAGCCUGCCCAGGGGCUUUAUAAAUUUGCUGACGGUGUAAGUUUUGCACCGUCAGCCCUUCUGACCAACACCUGCAAUAAUCAGUAUAACCAAUAAUCGCUAACAGUCAGCCAGGGCCUGUAUGAAGAAUGCUGUGUUAUGCUGACAGUGACUUGUAAUGACAAGUCCACGUUGUUUUCAGCAUCGAAAAUAAUUUAGAUAGAUUCUUAUAUUACUACAUUUUGCUGGUUUCUAUUUACCUUAUAUACACCAAGCUUGAAACUUGCAAGUGACAAAUGUGAUAAGUCAAUGAUGCACAAUUUUGCUCAUAGAAACACUUCCAAUGUUUUUAAUACUUAUUGAAAUAAAUUGUAUUCAUGUGUCA